AUGGACUUCAUUCGAGACAUGCAACAAACACUCAGAAACAUGUCAAUUUCUCAAUCAAAACCUCAAACUAUCAUCGCGGCCCGGGAGGCAGCUAUCCACCUAGGUGGCUGCAGCGCAUACAUCGCCAUCAUCUGCAAAGCCUUCGCCUGCUGCCCCAAAUAUACCCACCGAUACCUUCAAUUCAUCGACCCAGUACUCGUUGGUCUCUUCCUUUGGACACUAUGCCAUGCUUAUCAGAAGCUCAAACAGAUCAUGGAUGAUUGGAAGCGCGAGGAGACUCAGAAGGCUAGGGUCACGAAGUCGCAGUUUGUGGUGAAACAGGAUGAAGUUGAGGUUGAGAAAGUCAACGAGAACACUGAGUGUAGGAACGGUGGAAAGUCAAAGAGAAAAAAUCAUCGUGGUAGAGUCAAGGCUAAGAAGGCGAAAGGAAAGGUUGAAGGCGUUGGCUCCGCAAGUUCCGCAACCAGCGGGGAGUUUUAA